CUACGAACUUGGCGAUGGCUCGAAAGCUUCACAAGACGGCGUCCUAAAACAAAUCAGUCCACAACAUGAUGGCGAAGCGAUUGAGGGUAAAUUUGCAUUCAUCGCUGAUGAUGGCAAAGAAUAUGUGGUGGCGUAUGUGGCCGAUGAGAAUGGCUAUCAGCCAGUGGGCGAUCAUUUGCCAACACCGCCACCCGUACCCGAAUCGGUAUUGAAGACAUUAAAGUAUUUAGAAGAGCAUCCCUACCAUCCAGAGGCGGACAAGAAAAAGCGCAACUAAUUUACAUUUGAAUUAGAAUUUUUUUCCUGGAAGAGAACUGUGAUCUAUGCAAUGUAAUGCAUUAAUAAUGUAUGUAGAAGAGAAACAAUAUUUGGACUGA